AUGUCUUUCGGAUUUGGAGGGUUCGGCUCGAACAACCAAAGCAGCGGCUUUGGCACAGGCUCUGGCUUCGGAGCUGGCAACAACAACACUGCUGGAGGCUUUGGCUCGACAGCAUCUCCCUUUGGAGGUGCCAGUGGUGCAACCUCUGGCACUGGUGCCUUUGGUGGUGGGGCUUCCAACACAAACACUGGCUUCGGAUCAGGCUCCGGCGGAGCUUUCGGAACCAACACACAGGCCCAACCUAAUUCCCUCUUCGGAUCUCAACCCCGCCCAGGCGGAUUUGGUACAACCAACACCAACACCUCUACUGGCGGAAGCAUGUUUGGGGGUACUCAGACCGCUGGUGCCACCGGUGGCUUCGGCUCUGGAGGCUUCGGCUCUGGGGGCACUGCCGGCUUCGGCGCCAAUGCCAAUACCAAUACUUCAAACACAGGUGGAAGUCUUUUCGGCGCUGCAAAACCUACUGGGUUCGGUGCUUCAGCUACGGGCACCGGUGCAUUCGGCGCCAGCGGUGGCGGCUUUGGAUCUGGAGCUGCGACCACCACUCCUAGCACAGGCUUUGGCGGCUCAAACAAUGCCUUCCAGCCAGCAGGCGGUGCUCUCCCUGCCUGCGAGGGCACUGGCAGUACCCCAUUCAACGCUUUCACCGAGAAGGACGCAACCGCAAACGCAACCAACCAUUACCAGAGCAUCUGUUUCAUGCAACCUUACAACAAAUUUUCCUUUGAAGAGCUUCGUCUAGCUGAUUACCAACAAGGUCGCCGUUUUGGCAACGGCAGUGGUCAAGCUGGUGCCUUUGGUUCUUCUGCAUUCGGAAACACUGGCGGCUUUGGCGCUCAGCCAAACACUUCUACCACCGGCGGCUUUGGUGCCAGUACUACCCCAUUCGGAGGAGCUGCCACGAGUGCACCAUCCGGCUUCGGCGCAACCCAGACGGCAGGCGCAUUCGGAUCCACGAACACCAAUCCAUUGUUUGGAGGCGCAAAACCGGCAGGUAACUCUUUGUUCGGCGGUGGAGCUGGGGCUACUCCUGCAGCUUCGACCGGAACCCUAUUCGGUGGGUCCACACCAACAACUGGCGGCGCAUUUGGAAGUAACACUGGAGCCGGAACUGGAGGAGCUUUCGGCAACACUGGUGGAAUGUUUGGUGGCAACACCCAGCAACAGCAGAACAAGCCUGCAUUUGGUGCUGGCGCCGCUACCGGUGGCGGGUUUGGCUUUGGCAACACUCAAACGACCGGCGCUGCCAAUCCGUUCGGAGGCUCGACCGCCACAGCCUCACCAUUUGGCGGUGGUACCCAACAGCAAAGCACGGGUGGUUUCGGUGGUUUUGGUAACACCUCCCAGCAAAAUUCAUCCGCGGCUCAAAACAAGCCCUUGUUUGGCGGCGGUGGAUUCGGCUCGGGCACUCAACAGCAGGGAACUGGUACUGGUCUGCUCGGUGGCGGUGCUGGCAGUACUCCAGCCGCAGGAAAUUCACUCUUCGGCGGUCAACAGCAACAACAACCACAGCAGGGAACUGGCUUGUUUGGCGGCGGUCAAACUCAGCAAGCCGGCGCUGGCACUUCGCUGUUCGGAGGUUCACAAAACCAACAGCCCAAGCCGGCUGGUGGUAUGUUCGGAUCUAAUCCAGCUCCCGCUACAGGUGGAUUCUCUGGCUUUGGCGGCUCAACCACCCAGCCGGCCGCCGGUGGCGGCGGCUUGUUUGGUGGCUCGCAGAAUCAGACACAACAAAAACCCGGCGGUUUCGGUGGAUUCGGCAGCACUACCAACACCGGCGGUUCUGGUUUGUUCGGCAAUACUCAAAACAACACCAGCCAAAAUGCGGGUUCCUCGUUGUUUGGCAGUGGCCAAGCUCAACAACCGCAGGCAGGCGGCCUCGGUGGCAGUGGUAUGUUCGGCACCUCCCAGCCCGGACAACAGUCCCAGCCUGCCCCCGGCAGCUUCCAAGCAUCGCUUCUUGAUGGGAACCCCUACGGAAGCCAGUCUAUCUUUUCUGGUCUUCCUGCCCCAGGUGGAUCAACUCCCGGACCGCUUGCGACACCGCUGUCUUCAAGCAUGAAGCAGAAGCAGCGAACUCCUCUGCCAGUUUACAAAAUUACCCCUAAUGCGGCCAACCGUCUCAUCACCCCUCCCAAGCGUGGAUACGGGUUCUCUUAUUCCACUUAUGGCUCACCAUCUAGCACCACCGGUACCCCAUCUGGUCUCAGCAACAGCCUCUUGGGCGGUGGCGGCGGCAGCCUCCGCGGCAGCGUCAAUGGCAGCAUUGGUCGUAGUUUCAGCAAGAGUUACUCCACCAGCAACCUUCGCAAGACCUUUGAUCCUGAGUCUGAUAGUGUGCUUUCUCCCGGUGCCCUCCAGGCUGGCAGCACUCGUGGUAACUCUGGACUGAAGCGCCUCACCAUUGACCGUGGUCUGAGGAAUGACCUGUUCACCAACCCAGCCGCUCGCACUUCGCCAGCACCCCUUCUCACCAACGGAGAAGACACAAGUCAUUCCGGAGACAAGCUCAAGAAGAAGGUCAGCUUUGACUCUGCUUCCUCUGGUGCCAAUGGCGGAGAACUUGUUCGUGCUGAGUCCAAGAGUACCGAGCCAACUGCGGAGGAACUUGGAUUCCUUCGCUCCGUUCGCAAGAGCGGUAGCCUCAACGGUGUUGAUACUGCUGGAACUACCGACCGUCCUGAAAUGGAGUCUGUGCGCCGUGACCUCGCUGUCGUCCCUGAAAAUGGACCGGCCACCACCAACGGUGCUACGGUCAAGCGUCUCACUUUCAUCCCCGGUGGUGACCCAAGGCCCGGUGAGUACUGGAUGCAACCCUCUCGCGCAGAGCUCGGUAAAAUGAGUCGCGAUCAGCUCAAGCAGGUUGUCGACUUCACCGUUGGACGUCAAAACUGUGGAUCCGUCACCUUCAAUGGCCCCGUCGAUCUGACCGUCAUUGAUCUUGAUAACCUUUUCUCCACCAUCGUGGAUAUUGGUCUUCGAAAGAUCACUGUCUACCCUGACGAAUCGAUCAAACCUCCCAUGGGCAAGGGCCUGAACGUGCCUUCAACCUUGCGGAUUGAGAACUCCUGGCCGCGCGGUAGAGACAGGAAGAGCAACUCGCCUGUCACCAGUGGGCCUCUCUUCGACAAGCACAUUGAUCGUCUGCAGAAAGUCGGUGAUACUGAGUUCAUCAACUACGAGACUGAGACUGGAACCUGGAUCUUCAAGGUGCCUCAUUUCACCACCUAUGGCCUCGACUAUGAAGAUGAAGACGACAGUCUUGCCCAAAGCACCAUGAGUGCCUCCGGCCCUGAGCAGGCCACCCCGAAGGGGCAAUUCGACCAGUCUGUCAGCUUCGAUCAGUCGACCAAUUUCGAUCAGUCGACCACUUUCUCAAUCGACGAGUCCUUCGUUGGCUCGCAAAUGGGCAUCGAUGAUGAUACUUUUGACUUCAAGAAGCGCAACCUUAUGCCUGGUUCUGUUCCUGGUUCUUUUUCCGGUCAGGCCAUGCCGGCCAGGAAUGAGGAUUUUUCUGAUGGCGAGACCGAGUCUUUUUUAGAGGAAGGCUCCACGGGUUCAACUACUGAUAAUGACGACGAUGUCGUCACCGAGAGCCAAGUGUCUGGCGAUUCGGUUGUUGGAUCAGAUGAGGCAGAUGAAAUGGAUAUGGCGGGUGCCUUUCCUACUCCUCAUCGCACCGUGGAGCACGAAGACUACCAGAGCACUAAUGGUGACCUGGAGACAACUCACCCUAUUUCUAAACACUUCGGAAGUCCUGCAAAGCCUCAGCUUGAUCUUAGUGGCGACUGGGCCGAGCAACUGCAGCGCACCAUCAGCCCUCGAAAGCAAAAUCGCGACGCAUUGCGUGAAAUGCAGGCCAACGCUUUUAUUGACCGCAAUCUCGUGAAUGACGAGUCCCCCACAAACGUCGCCACUGCCUCGCCAAAGAAGGGCUUUUCGAACAGCAUCGAUCUCAUGAAUUCUUUGUUUCAGCAACCACGCAAGCAGGCUCCCUCCUCUCCAGUGAAGGCUACCAAAUCACAGCCCAAGGGCUUCGAGUGGCCUUACAACAAACAACCCAAAACUUUCGCAGGCGACGCAACAGAAAUGACCGAAUCCGACGCUGCUUUCCAUGACUCUUUCAAACCACGGUGGGGUCCCCUAGACUCCCUUGUGUGCACAAGAAACGACAUGCAGGAGACAAUCUCGGAAGUGCAUCAAGCCUGGAAAGAAAGUUUCACUGUUUUCAGCGAAGAGAGAGAUAUUGCGGUGAUGUCUUACAACAAGUCUGGUGAGGUCAAGGAAAUGCUCGAUGUCCAGCGACACCAGUCUACUAUCCAGCGUGUAGACGGAACUCCUUUCGUUCGUAUUGCCAAGGUCGACUUGUCGCAGUUUCCUCUGUCCCCCUCUAGCCGCUCCCAGUCGGAGGAAGAGCGCCUGGUCUGGCAGCUUCUCAACAUCCUCUUCAAUGAUGAGAUUGAGGACGACAUUUCAGCCGGUGUUCCCCCUCGCUUACGCCAACAAUUCGCACACCGUAUCAAGAAGGACCGGUUGACUCGUCUUUGGGAGCAAAUUGUCCGUGAUAAACACACUCAGAACCUGGACACAAUUCGCUCCCCCGUGGAACGCGCCGUUCAUUUGAUUUGUUCGCACCGAGUGGAGGAAGCUUGUAAGACAUUGGUGGAGAGUCACAAUCCACACCUAGCAACUCUGGUUGCACAGAUUGGCCGCGAUGCUACCUCCCGGGCUGACAUUGCAAACCAAAUUGAGGUGUGGCGUCAGAACAAUGUGCUUUCGGAGAUGAGUGAGCCUGUGCGAGCGCUCUACGAGCUGGUCGCUGGUAAUGCUCUCAGCAGCGAGGGCAAAUCAGGUGGCGCACUUGAAGAUCGGGCUUCCACCUUCGGCUUGACCGAGCGGUUCGAUCUGGAUUGGUUCCAGGCCUUUGGCCUUCGCCUUUGGUAUUGCACUUCUGAAGAUGAACCAAUUGAGGCCGCUGUGUCCAAGUUCCUCGAGGACUUGGCUACUGGGCAAGAACCCGCUUUCCCUCACCCGUCGCACUCCCACCAGGAUAGCGCUCGUGUACAGCCCGGUUCCGAUACUCUUGGCCGCGAGUCGCCUCUUUGGGUUUUGCUCAAAGCCUUCUCGGCAAUCCAGGGCCGUGGCGCCGACUUCGUUCAAUUCCCGGCAUCUCUUCUCCCUGAAUCCGUCUCUGGUAACCGACUCUCCAACCGACUCUCCUUCCAGCUCCACCACGUUCUUACUGCCACGGUCGGACAACAACAAGCUAUCAAAAUCGACCAGCAUCAGACCGACCAUCUCGUAUGGGACUUUGCUUCGGAACUCAGCGCAGGCGGUGAACUCACUCAAACUCUGUUUGUCCUUCUGCACCUGUCCCAAGCCGACGACCGCAAACGCGCCGUUCAGGAAACUCUGGCUCGGUUCGCCGCUCACCUCCCUGAGCCUUUCGCUGCCGACGCCUCCGCCGACCCAGCAUGGCAUUAUCUCGUCGCCGACCUUCAGAUCCCUGAGGCCUGGAUCUGGGUUGCCAAGGCCCUCCAUGCCCGCGACACCGGCGAUGCCGCUCGAGAGGUCGACUGCCUCAUUCGCGGCAAGCACUGGAACGACGCCCACGCCACAUUCUGUCGCAUUGUCGGUCCCAGUACCAUUAUUGAGGGCGACUACCGCACUCUGGAAACUCUGGUGUCAGGCUUCGGCGAUGGUCCCGAGCGUAAAAUGCGUGGCUGGACCUCCGGCGGCGGUGUUUAUGAAGAUUUCCUUCGCCUAGUUAACGCGACCGCUGGUCGACGUGACCCAACUCGUUUGAAUCGGUUGGUGAAUGCCCUCGUUGCGAUGGGUGAUCGUAUCAAGGAUUCCGGGUUGGAAGGUCUUGAAGAGCGUGUUGCAUUCAAAGAGAUGAGCCGGGCUGUCGCUGGCUGGAUCACGCAUGAGGAUGUCCAAUCUGUUCAAUCAUCUGCUAUUCUGGGUCUACCUUUGACUGGCGAUGCUCGUGUCUUGCAAACUGCGGAGAUGAGUCGUCGCUAUUACGGUAUUAUCAUGGCGGGAGGCCACUAA